AAACGCUUUGGGUAUAUUGCCCUUUUGGAUGGUAUUUGCGAAGUGGCCAUUUCAAAUUGUUAUCAGCGUGAAUUCACACGAUGCCCCUCGGUGAUGAUGGCAACUACAAACAUGAGAACUGCGGCAUCAGCCAUGUUGGUGUUGACGGCGGCGUGUGUCACUGCAUAAACCUAGAAGAUGAAAGCGUCCCUCAAUGCAACAAUGAAAAUGGCAACGGCAUUUGUCACGACAACAGCACUGAGGAGGAUUGUCCCAACAGCACGACUGAGAAAUCAACUAGGAAACUAAGCACAAGAUACUGGCAAAUUGGAUCCGUCUUCAGUUGUUUUAUAGCCAAUUUAUUUGUUGGUGGCCUUCCAAACUCGUACGGUGUAAUGUACACAUACAUGAAGGAACCUCUGGGUACCACGGAAUGGGAACUGUCUUUGAUAGGAUCUCUCAUGGGUGGAUUCAUUGGGUUUGCCUGUAUUCUUGGAACGGUAUGUGUUGAUUGUCUCGGGAGUCGGUUCACCACUUUAUUUGGAGGGGUACUUACUGUAAUUGGUUUUACUGUCGGCAGUCAGAUGGACAACAUAUACGUCUUGUAUUUCACACUCGGCGUUCUUCCAGGAAUUGGCGUUUCCCUCGCCUACACCGCAACCAUGGUGCAUGUCAACAAACAGUUUUCAAAAUGGCGGCCGUUAGCCGUUGGGGCAUCAGUAACAGGGGUAGCUGUGGGAAUACUCACUUGGCCCCCACUCUCUGCUGCUGUUGCCGACAAUAUGGGAUGGCGGGGGACAUUUCUCAUCAAUGGUGCACUGACGCUGCACUUCCUACCAUGUGCUCUCUGGAUAACUCCGAGCAACAACGCAGAAUAUUCCUGUGAUUGCCCUAGGGUUUCCUUCAGUAAGACUAUAAUCAACUGUUUCAAAAUAUACCGGCUGCCCGGAGCAAUUGCUUUCUCCAUUGCUCAAGUGACCUUCGGGAUUAGCUACUACACCUUCUCAGCUUUCCUUCCUGACUACGUAACAAGCACGCCUUUCAGCAUGACGGCAUCAGAAGCUGCACUCAUUGUUUCAUCGUCAGGAUAUGGUAGCAUCGUUGGUCGUCUGAUUUUCUCUGGAAUAGCCAUGGUGAAUACCAAGGGAACUAGCUUCAUAUUGUUCUUUUCGUCCUGCAUGUGUGCCAUCACCAACCUGCUUGUGCCACUCUGUACGAGCUCCACGGCACUGCAUAUUAACAGUGCUGUAAAUGGACUAGCUAUAGGAGGUUGGAUGGGCGUUUUUACACUUGUGCUUGUGGAACUGUUUGGCCUUAAUAAUUUGUCACAAACAUUUGGCAUGAACAUGGUGUGUGAAGGAAUAGGGACAUUCGUCGGACCACCGUUACAAAGCUACCUUGCAACGUUAUUUGGGAAGAAAAUUACGUUUUACAGCGCUGGAACUUCGUUUUUUGGGACAACAAUUUUAUUUAUUGUAUCGUUAAUGCAAAAUUAUAAAACAUCUUGUUCUGCAUGUGUGCAAUCUGCCAAGUCCAAGGAUCUUGGUGUCGACAACACGGGUUUUAGUUGAGUGGUCUGUUUGGGUAUUUCGUCGUUUCCUAAUUGCGUGGAUCGAUGUUCCUGAUGUCAAUCACUGGAAUGUCUGUCUCCUUUGUACUCCAAGAAUAGACUGCUGAAGACACUCCCCAUCUGUGACAUGUGUGUUGAAUAAUUGAUUAAAAU